GAUGUGCUAAAUAAAGAUUGAUGGGCUGGAGCGCUCGAGGGGUCUCCCGCUUGUAAAUGACCCGGGGGAAAAAAAUAUUCAUGACGACUUCACCGGGCCUCCGCUUGUUCUUCCAUUUUUCUUCCCACCUGUCCUCAUCAUGGAAUGGAGCAUCAUUCCUUAGAGCACGAAAGCUGUUGUGCGUCCAGUGGUGACUGUGCUGUGAUAGGGAUCCAUAAAGGGUUUUACGUGUGAGGCUCUUAAGCUUGAAAUAUUAACAGAUGAUGUUUUGUUCGCCCGGAUUACUACGGAACUGCAGCUCCGUCCCUGCAAGGAUUUUAUCCUCAGCGCUGUAUUGAUUAAGCUACUUAUCUACAAAGAUGGCAGUGUGCAGGGUAGAAGGCAACAGGACCCAUAUGUCAGUGGUCUAGGAUGGCCAGUGAAGGCUCAAACAUCCCAAGUCCUGUGGUCCGCCAGAUUGACAAGCAGUUUCUGAUCUGCAGCAUAUGCCUGGACCGUUACAAGAACCCCAAAGUGCUUCCCUGCCUGCACACUUUCUGUGAGAGGUGCUUACAGAAUUACAUUCCAGCCCAUAGCUUAACCCUUUCUUGCCCCGUGUGCCGCCAGACCUCCAUUCUGCCAGAGAAAGGGGUUUCUGCACUCCAGAACAACUUCUUUAUCACCAACCUGAUGGAUGUGCUGCAGCGAACGCCCGACAACAGCAUAGAAGAGUCCUCCAUCUUGGAGACUGUCACUGCUGUUGCUGCAGGCAAGCCACUCUCCUGUCCCAACCAUGAUGGAAAUGUGAUGGAGUUUUACUGCCAGUCUUGUGAGACAGCCAUGUGCCGGGAAUGUACGGAGGGAGAACAUGCAGAGCAUCCCACAGUCCCGCUCAAGGAUGUGGUGGAGCAACACAAGGCUUCUCUCCAAGUCCAGUUGGAUGCUGUCAACAAAAGGCUUCCAGAGAUCGACUCAGCACUUCAUUUUAUAUCUGAAAUCAUACAUCAGUUAACCAACCAAAAGGCUAGCAUUGUAGAUGACAUUCAUUCCACUUUUGAUGAACUCCAGAAGACUUUAAAUGUGCGAAAGAGCGUGCUGCUUAUGGAACUGGAAGUGAAUUAUGGCCUUAAACACAAAGUCCUGCAAACACAGCUGGAUACCUUGCUUGAAGGACAAGAGAGCAUUAAAAGUUGCAGCAACUUUACCGCCCAAGCCCUCAAUCAUGGCACUGAAACAGAGGUUCUGCUGGUGAAGAAGCAAAUGAGUGACAAGCUCAACGACCUGGCCGAGCGGGACUUCCCACUGCAGCCCCGCGAAAACGAUCAGCUGGACUUCAUAGUGGAAACAGAAGGCCUGAAGAAGUCCAUCCACAAUUUGGGUACUAUUUUAACCACCAACGCAGUUGCCUCUGAAACUGUUGCCACGGGGGAGGGCCUGAGGCAGACCGUGAUUGGCCAGCCCAUGUCCGUGACCAUUACAACGAAGGACAAGGACGGGGAGCUGUGCAAGUCCGGGAACGCUUACCUCACUGCGGAGCUCAGCACGCCCGACGGCAGCGUGGCCGACGGGGAGAUACUCGACAAUAAGAACGGCACUUACGAGUUUUUGUAUACUGUGCAGAAAGAAGGGGACUUCACUUUGUCGCUCAGACUUUAUGAUCAGCAUAUUAAGGGCAGCCCCUUUAAGCUGAAAGUGGUCAGAUCAGCAGAUGUGUCGCCAACCACAGAAGGGGUUAAGAGGCGUGUGAAGUCUCCUGGCAGUGGUCACGUGAAGCAGAAGGCUGUGAAGAGACCUGCUAGCAUGUACAGCACUGGCAAGAGAAAAGAGAAUCCCAUUGAAGAUGAUCUGAUCUUCAGAGUAGGUACCAAAGGGAGAAACAAAGGGGAGUUUACAAAUCUUCAGGGUGUAGCUGCAUCUACAAAUGGAAAAAUAUUAAUAGCAGACAGUAACAACCAGUGUGUGCAGAUAUUUUCCAAUGAUGGCCAGUUCAAGAGCCGUUUUGGCAUACGAGGAAGGUCUCCUGGCCAGCUGCAGCGGCCAACAGGAGUGGCUGUGCAUCCCAGUGGUGACAUCAUCAUUGCAGAUUACGAUAACAAAUGGGUCAGCAUAUUUUCAUCAGAUGGAAAAUUUAAGGCCAAAAUUGGGUCUGGAAAACUCAUGGGUCCUAAAGGUGUUUCUGUGGAUCGUAAUGGUCACAUCAUAGUAGUGGACAAUAAAGCAUGCUGUGUGUUCAUCUUCCAGCCAAAUGGGAAAAUAGUUACCAGGUUUGGGAGCCGAGGAAACGGUGACAAGCAGUUUGCAGGUCCUCAUUUUGCAGCUGUAAACAGCAACAAUGAAAUUAUUGUUACAGAUUUUCAUAACCAUUCUGUCAAGGUAUUUAACCAGGAGGGAGAAUUCAUACUAAAGUUUGGAUCAAAUGGAGAAGGAAAUGGACAAUUUAAUGCACCAACUGGAGUAGCUGUAGAUUCUAAUGGAAAUAUUAUUGUAGCAGAUUGGGGAAACAGCAGGAUACAGGUUUUUGAUGGAAGUGGAUCAUUUUUAUCCUACAUCAACACCUCUGCUGACCCGCUUUAUGGUCCCCAAGGUCUGGCCCUCACUUCAGAUGGCCACGUGGUAGUUGCAGACUCUGGAAAUCACUGCUUCAAGGUCUAUCGAUACUUACAGUAACCAUGAGCUCUGGAGCUGAAUCAUCAUCCAUCCCUAUGGAAAGACUGGUCCCCAAGAUCCAAUGCAGAGUGUCUCCUACUUUAAUGAGUUUGUUUAUAAUAAUGAAGGAGUCUCUUAUGGACCUCUCAUGUUAAUUUCCAAACUUACCUUGUUUACAUAGGACUUGCACCUCUUAGGUUCCUCACUGAACUUCGUAUUGUGUGGGUUAACACACAAAAUCCUCUUUAGCUUAAUUCAUAAAGACAAUGUGAUAUUAAAUAUAGGCGGAAGCUUAUGGAACUGGAUUAACUAAUUAGGCAAAAAUGAG